AAAUUUAGACAUUAGGUUAUAGGAAUCGUAAGGGCCCAAAAUCUCAACCUGCCCCAAUUCUCCUAUGUACUCCUAUGUAGAACCCUAAGAUUGCCCCCCUCUUGUACUUCAACUCAAAAGUCCCCGGGUUUCCCAACGCAAUGAAGAUCAGGAAACAGCAUCAAGAAACCUCCGACAAUAUUAACAAACCUUCCUCCUCUUCCACCUCCUCUUCCACUUCUUCUUUUGCUCUCUCUCCCCGCAAGCGCCUCCUCUCUGGCUCCCCCAAGCCAAACAACGCCCCGGCCCCUUGCCGAAGCAGAAGCAGAAGCCGAAGCCCCACGAUCUCCGAUCACCCUCACCCGGCCCUAAAGAAAACCAGGGACCUACCCAAUCUGUCCCAGUGCCACGCCUGUGGCUUCAGAACCGACACCGGUAAUGGUAAGCAAAGACUCCAAACCCUAUACAGCGAAUGGCGCAUCGUUCUUCUUUGCAAGAAAUGCGCAGUCCGUGUGGAAUCCUCCAAAAUUUGCUCCUAUUGUUUCCAAGAAACCUUGGCUGCCGAGUGUUUCUGUUGCGGCGAAUGCAACCGACGAGUUCAUAGAGAUUGUUUUAAAAAAUAUCGAAGCGUGGCGCCGUGGUCGUAUUCGUGUUCCGGCGAGGAGUUUUCGGUUUGUGUGGACUGUUGGGUGCCCAAGCCGAUAGCUUUGUCCAGAGCGCUUUUGGGGAGUAGGAAGAUUAGGAGGAGGGACAGGAGUGGUGGGAAAGCGAGAGAUUCUAGGAUUUUGGACGGUGCGAAGUCGUUGAAAGAUGUGGCGGAAAAUGCAAAUAGCGUGGCUAAGAAGAAGAUUGAAGAGGCUGCUAAGGCCAGAGUGGAGGCUGUGAGGAAAGCAGUAGUGGCGAGGAGAGCGGUAGAGUUGGCGACUAAUGCUCUGGAUUUUGUUGCCAGUAGAGAUGAGAAUGGGGAGAAGGUGCAGAAUGUUGAUGAUGCAGAACUGGCGUUUCAGUUGCACCGGGCGAUGAAUAGCUCGCCUAGGAUUUCAAGGAACUUAUGGGAGAACAAAGGUGAUUCGUUGGUUGGAGGGUCACGCUCGGGGUAUCCUAGUGUUUGUGGGAAGCUUGAACCUGAUAGAAGUGUUUUGGAACCUGUGGUAUGUGCCGGGUCUUUGGACGGUGGUUCUUCCAUGAAUGUCAAUUGUCUAAAGUCAGUUGGAAAGAUUGAGACGAGUGGUGUCAAGGAUGGUGAAUGCCAAAUGAGGUGUGACUCUGAGUUUGGGAUUCUGGGUGUGCGAAUGGAGGGAGAGGGGAGCUGUUCCAUUAAGGUUUCAAACUCAAAUGGAGAUGAUAAUAGUAUGGACUCUGCAAACCGAUCUUCUCAUCAACAAUACAAACUGACUAUGCCCAAGGAUAAACGAUACAACGGAGAGCCUGAUAGAUAUCCGUUAAAGUAUUGUAGGAGAAACAGGAAAUCAAAAGCAAUCUCUUGUGAUGGUUAAUCAAUCCUGGGCUGCUGGACUCUACUUAUAAGUUGCUCCUAGUCAAGGACAAUCUCCACUACAUUUCAGUGCUGUGCUGUUCUUCUUCAAGCUUCUGGUUGUGGGAAUAGAUAAUUUCGAGGCCAGUCCGGAAGUCAAUAGGUUAAUCGAAACAUUCUGAAUAGUGAGUGGGCCUUACAGGGGCUAAGAGGCAUGUUAUUGUUACACCAUAAUGGGUUUGUGGUCAUGUUCCUGGAUUACGAUACUCCAGCUACUCAAAUUUAAGGUGCACACCCAGACUACAACUAGACUUAAAUCAGUAAGCUGGUAUGGUUAGCUAGUAUCUUUUCUUUGCUUUCUUUUCAUCAUUAUAGUGACUAGCCAAUUGCUUCCACACACACCAAUUUUUGUAUUUUUAGAUGGGAAAAAUUUAUUUAUUAUCUUUCUUA